CGGAAGUGGACAUUUAUUGAAAAGGAAAAAUUUGCUCUAUUCAGCUCGGAAACAUUCGGAUUAUCAAGUUACUGUAUACAUUUUUUAUUUAUUUUAAUAUAUAUAUAUGUUUCGGCGCGUAUAGUCAUCUUGGACUUGCCAAAAAAAACCCGCUGCUGUUCGUUUCGUGGAUCCCGAUUCAAACUAGCUAGCAAUGAACACGGACGUGGAAUUCCACAUCAGGCAGAAUUAUCCGUGGAACAAGCUACCAGCAAAUGUCAAACAGAGUGUUGGGAACUCGCAGCGUGAAUAUGAAAAACACGUGCAGCUGUACAGUAUCCGCAACCAGCUGAGGUUCCGCAAUAACCUAGUGAGACACGUGAGGAAGGAUGAGAGGAAGUACUAUGAGGAGCUGCUGAAGUACAGCCGAGAUCACCUGAUGCUCUACCCCUACCACCUGUCUGACAUCAUGGUGAAAGGCCUCCGCAUCACCCCGUUCUCCUACUAUAUCAGUAUCAUGGAGGACAUCAUGAACGUAGAGAAGAGUUACGACUCACUGCCCAACUUCACUGCUGCUGACUGUCUAAGACUGCUGGGAAUCGGGAGGAACCAGUAUAUAGACUUGAUGAACCAGUGCAGGUCCUCCAAAAAAUUCUUCCGUAGGAAAACGGCGCGAGACCUGCUGCCCUCCAAGCCAGUAGAGAUCUCUGUUGAGCCCUGGUGGGUGGCUCAGACCGGAUACAUCACAGAGGAUGACGUCAGGGUGAGUCUCUGUAGAGGAUGAGGUCAGGGUGAGUCUCUGUAGAGGAUG